UGAAAUAGAUAAGAAAAAAAUGUGAACAGAUUUUCCCUUUUAAUUUAAAUAGUUAACAGAAUGCUAACCUUAAAGGUGUUUAUAAGUGUGUGUGUAAUUUUGUUAACGUUAGAAGAUGUUCUAGCCGACAACGAUGAAACAAAAGAUGUGAAAAAUCUGAAUGGAAUCAGCAGGGCUACUCUGGAAGAGAUUGUUCUGGGUAUGUCCGACAAGAUCAAAUCCCUGGAAAGAAAAGUUGACAAGCUUGGGCAUUUGGAAGAUAAAGUUUCGUCAUUAGCAGCAACGGUAGCUUUGAAGAGCGAGAAAAUCGAAGAAUUGGAACGGGAGAUUAAAAGGGCUGCUGUAGAGGAAAAUGGUGCAAAAGAGACUGUCUCCGUCAGAGCAGAAGUAAAUAACGGGAAUCCUGCAGAUCGGUCGCCUACAAAAAAUAAGAUAAGAGGAAUACGACAAGUUGAAAAUGUGGCGUUCUCUGCUGUAAUGUCACAUGCCGUAAAACACCUUGGAGACAAACAAACGAUUAAAUUCGACAACGUACUUCUUAAUGACGGCCAUGGUUAUGAACCCAAUACGGGCGUCUUCACCGCACCUUUAUCCGGAACUUAUCUAUUCACUUAUAACUUUGGUCAUCAUGGCACUGGUGAAACCUGGUUGGAACUCGUAAAAAACGGAGGUGUCCAGAAUGGCGCUGCCGUUGAAGGUCAUUUCGGAGAGCAAAACCUGCAAGGAGGUAAUGCAGCAAUCAUAAAGGUGAAUCGAGGAGACACGGUGUGGGUGGAGACAUUUCAGGUGCCAGACGUCACGGCACAGGGAACAUUCACUACAUUUUCCGGGGCGUUUCUGUAUUGAAUCUAAAUUUUCCAAGAUCUAUUAAAUAUUAUUUGGCAGUAACUUA